AACCAAUCACAUGCUGGGAGAUUUGUUUUCGUUUUUGACUUACGUUCAUGUACGCCAAUCGGACUUCUCCCACCGUAAUCGAGAACCAAUGGGAAGGCCAUGGCUCGGAAGGUAGGCGGGGCUUUAGUGAACACUACGGCGGAAAAUGGCGCCCAGCUCGAAAUCAGAAAAGGACGGUAACAAACAAACGCAGAGAAAACACAAAGAACAUGUCGUCAAGCUUCUGAACCGUGGAAAGUUGUCUGGCCAGUAUUCUCAGCGCUUGUUCAGGAAACUACCACCGCGCGUCUGUGUUCCCCUGAAGAACAUAGUCAGUGAGGAGUUCCUCAGAGCAGGACACAUCUUCCUGGGGUUCACUAAGUGUGGUCGUUACGUGCUGUCCUACACCAGUGAUUGUGGAGAGGACGAUGACUUCUCCUUCUACACCUAUCACCUCUACUGGUGGGAGUUCAACCUACACAGCAGACUCAAACAGGUGCACCAUGUGCGUCUGUUUACAGGUGAGGACAUCUACAGUGAUCUAUACCUGACAGUGUGUGAGUGGCCCAACGACCACUCCAAGAUCGUAAUCUUUGGCUUCAAUACUCGUAGCUCCAGCUCAGUGUUGAUGAAUCUGAUGAUGAGUGAUGAGAACAACAGAGAUAUCUACAUCACCAUCGCCUCCAUGCCUCCUCUCAGACCCUGCUCUCAAUGCUGCCCUCCAAAUACCUCUACCAUACGCACAGGUAGUGGAGAGUGUCUAGAACAUGGUUAUAUGUUGAACAGUCGGUACCAGGUGGUCUAUCCCUUCCCCACCUUCCAGCCUGCCUUCCAGCUGAAGAAAGACCAGGUGAUCUUCCUCAACACCUCCUAUUCCCUGGUGGCCUGCUCUGUGUCCCUCUGUCCAGGUGAGCAGGGUCAUUCCUCUCAGAUCCUGUUCAGAAAGAGAGCCACAGCCUCCACCUUAGAACAUCAAACCCCUCCAUCGCCCUCUUCAUCCUCUUCCUCUCACGGGUCUCCCGACAGCCGCCUGCUAACCGCCAAACCAAGCCCCGCCCCUCUUUCCCCUAGCCAAUCACAAGCUGCCGCCCGGGCGCGAGAGUUCGCCGCCGACCUCUUCAGACGUGCCCAGGGAGGAGGGAGAGAAAACGAGGGAGGGGAGAGGAGAGGGAAAUCGGAGGGAAGCGAUGUAGGAGAGGAGGCCGUCGUGACUGAGAGAGAAGGGGUGAGCGUGGAGAGGGACAGAGAACAGAGGGAAGACGCACAGACGGAUCAACUGACUAGCGCACCACAGACUUCCACUUCAGCUGGGAACCAAAGCUUGUUGCGACCUUUGCAGGAGGACUCUAUUCAGUGUAGUGCGGUGAUGUCUCCUGCCGCCUCCUCCUCUUCCACCCCCACUCCUCAUUCUUCUCAGGAAGCAGGCUGCAGCGAGCCGGGAUAUGUCAACUACACCCGCUUGCAGUACUGCAUGCCACAGCCGGGGGCGCCAGAGCAGGAUGCAGGAGGUUAUGAGGAUGAUAAGGUCCAGCUGCCCUUCACUGUGACUGACCUGAAGGGACGCAACCUACAGCUGGUCACUGGGCCCCACAACGGACAGAGUGUGUGUGUGGAGCAGUUGACUCUGGACUUUGAGUACCUGAUCAACGAGGUGAUCCGGAGCGACGCCCGCUGGGCUGCUCAGUUCUGUUCCUUCAACGACUACGACGUUGUUAUACUGGAGGUGUGUCCAGAGACUAACACAGUGGUGAUCAACAUUGGGCUGCUGCUUCUGGCGUUCUCCAACCCUGAAGAGGAACACUGCAGGCCCAACACCUACCACUCCAGUCUGCAGGUGAGCUGGGACCUCAACACAGGAGUGUGUCACACCGUCGGGGUCGGUGACCUCACUGAGGUCAAGGGUCAGACCAGUGGCAGUGUAUGGAGUUCGUACAGGAAGUCUUGUGUGAACACAGUGAUGAAGUGGCUGGUUCCGGAGAGCAGCUCUCGUUACAUCAACCGCAUGACCAACGAGGCCCUGCACAAAGGUUCCUCUCUACAGGUGUUGGCUGACAGCGACCGGAGUACCUGGAUCAUACUAUGAGGGACAACAGAGGGGUGUCCUGACACCAGAGGCUCGGACUGUCACACACACCCAUCCACACACCGACACACAUACAGCAAGCCUGUUUAGCUGCUACAGUAACAGUCAUAGAAUCCCUCUCAAAUGGCACCCUAUUCCCUCCUAUUCCACCUUAUUCCACCCUAUUCCCUCCUAUUCCACCCUAUUCCACCCUAUUCCCUCCUAUUCCACCCUAUUCCCUCCUAUUCCACCCUAUUCCCUCCUAUUCCACCCUAUUCCACCCUAUUCCCUCCUAUUCCACCCUAUUCCCUCCUAUUCCCCCCUAUUCCCUCCUAUUCCACAUGUGGUGCACUACGUUUCCAUUAUGCCUGUGGUGAGAAGUGGUGCUCUAUAUGGGACCUUCAGACUCCACUCUGGACCUGGAAACCAGUUCCCCUCUAAUCAAGGACCGAUUUAGACCUGGGACACCAGUUCCACUGUUCCCCUCUAAUCAGGGACUGAUUUAGACCUGGGACACCAGGUGGGUGUGCAAUUAAUGAUCAGGUAGACCAGAAAGCAGGCUCCGGACCUAGGGUCAGAGUUGAAAACCCCUGAUUUAGGGAAUAGGGUGCCAUGUUGUCAUGACUCAGUUACGACAUGUCGCCAACGUGAAUCUGUGCACCUGCCUCUGUGUGUGAUGUUGUAGGAUGGAAGAAACGAGGCAUUGUGUUUUCCACAUGUUCUGUUUUUGUUUGGCGAUAUAAUGUAACACGAUUUGCACCCAUGGAUCCAGAGCUGGAUUGAACAAAGAUGAUUUUACUGUGGGUUUUUAGUUCGGUUUGUUUGGUGUAAUUUUCCGUUUUAUGACUGUGUGUGAGAGAGAUGUUGUGUGGUCCUCAUGCCUCUGAUUCUGCUGCUGUUCUCGCAACCUAAAGGCCACUCCUCUAAGCCAGCUUUGUCCAGUUCGAUCUGGUUUGAUCCAGGUCUGUCUGAAACAGGGCCUACACAUGAACCGGAACCAAUCCUGUUAUUUGUCGCUCUGGAGGGACUGACGUUCCCCCUCGGUACAGAUCUAGGAUCAGCUUCCCCUCCCCCAAUCCUAACCUUAACCAUUAGUGGGGGGAAAUGUUAAACUGACCGCAGAUCAGUGUCUAAGGGCAACUUCACCAUCAUGUCUCUCAUUUUACCAUCGACAGAUUUCUUCUUGGAUUGCGUCCAACAUGGCUCCCUAUGUAGUGCACUACGUUUUGUCCAGAGCCUCAUAAGCUCUCAUAGGGCUUUGGUCAAAAGUAGUGCACUACAAAGGGAAUAGGGUUUCAGUUCAGAUUAUCCCCUUUAUAAAUGUAUUUGUAUGUGAUGGAGUUAACUUUCCCAGAUUUACUGCCUAGUCCUUCAUCCCAGAAAUCUUUUUUUAGGAAAGUUACAACCCUAGAUGGAGCAGAGGCUUAUGGGAAAUGGAGUUUAAGCAAGCCUGUCAUUAUCUGGCUGUAUUUUAAGAUUGGAAGGAGAGAGCAUGGUUCACUUGAUUAUUUUUUGAUAAAAAUAAAUUGAAAGAUUCACCUUG